AUGACUUGGGAUCGGUUUGUGCUGUGGCUAGUGGAGGUGGGCAGAGAGAUGGAGGCUCUAACUCGCCCCGAGACCCUUGGUAGAAUCAUGAAUGUGAUUGGGGAGCCCAUCGAUGAGAGAGGCCCCAUAAUGACCAAACAGUUUGCUGCUAUCCACGCCGAAGCCCCGGAAUUUGUUGAGAUGAGCGUAGAGCAAGAAAUCCUGGUCACCGGCAUCAAGGUGGUGGACCUGCUGGCGCCGUACGCCAAGGGCAGCAAAAUCGGUCUGUUCGGCGGUGCCGGCGUGGGCAAGACCGUGCUGAUCAUGGAGCUGAUCAACAACGUGGCGAAAGCCCACGGUGGCUACUUGGUGUUCGCUGGCGUCGGGGAGCGAAACCGCGAAGGGAACGACUUGUACUAUGAAAUGAUCGAGUCGGGGGUCAUCAACCUGAAGGACACAACCUCCAAGGUUGCCCUGGUUUACAGGCAGAUGAAUGAGCCCCCGGGUGCCCGCGCCAGGGUUGCGCUGACAGAGCUGACAGUGGCAGAGUACUUCAGGGACCAGGAGGGCCAGGACAUGCUGCUCUUCAUAGUCAACAUCUUCCGGUUCAUGCAGGCUGGCUCUGAGGUCUCCGCCUUGCUUGGCAGAAUCCCCUCGGCCGUGGGGUACCAGCCCACCCUGGCGACUGACAUGGGCACCAUGCAGGAGCGGAUCACCACCACCCGCAAGGGCUCCAUCACCUCCGUGCAGGCGAUCUAUGUGCCAGCUGAUGACUUGACCGACCCUGCCCCUGCCACCACAUUUGCCCAUUUGGAUGCCACGACUGUGUUGUCGCGCGCCAUUGCUGAGCUGGGCAUCUACCCUGCCGUCGAUCCUCUGGACUCCACCUCCCGCAUCAUGGACCCCAACAUCGUGGGGCAGGAGCACUAUGACGUGGCCCGGGGGGUGCAGAAGACCCUACAGGACUACAAAUCCCUCCAGGACAUCAUUGCCACCCUGGGGUUGGACGAGCUGUCGGAGGAGGACAAGCUGACAGUGGCCCGCGCCCGCAAGAUCCAGUGCUUCCUGUCCCAGCCCUUCCAGGUGGCCGAGGUCUUCACUGGUCAUGCGGGCAAACUGGUCCCUCUGAAGGAAACCAUCAAGGGCUUCCAGGAGAUCCUGGCAGGUGUCUACGACCACCUGCCGGAACAGGCCUUCUACAUGGUGGGCCCCAUCGAGGAGGCUGUGGCGAAGGCGGACAAGCUGGCCGAGGAGCACUCAUGAGCCACUGGCUCCGUCAUGCCUCUCCCCCACCGCAUCCCCACCCGGCUCCCCAGGGCCCCAGCUGGGUGUCGUGUCAUGUCUGCAGAGUAUAUUUAAAGUUUCCAAUAAAACAUCUGUCUUAAAACAUAAAAAAAAAAAA